AUGCCUGCCUCCUUGGACUCUUCCCGGCCCAUCAUGGCCCCUUCGGUAUCUGACCCCUCCAAGAACCGCAACUCUGUUCGCUUCAGCACCUACAGCAUGGCUCCCUCGUUCGCUCCCACCGUCCAGACCACCGAUUCGGCCCACGCUGAGAUCCGCGACAUCGCCACUGGCCUCGACCGCAUGGAGAACAAGGCCCUCACCUCGCAGCGCGUCGUCCUCACCGACGAAAAGACCGACACCAUGAGCAAGCUCGCCCUGGGCGCCAAGCUCGAGCGCGCCCUCGACAGAAGGAUGGUCGGUCAGGAUGCCGUCAUGCGACCUCGCGGCCAGAGCCUCAACGAGAAGCUCAGCGAGAAGGUCGAGUAA